CCCCAAAGAAGGUAGAAAGAAGAGGCUGUUCCCAGCAUUAAGGAGAUUAUCAUAAGAACAUGUAUGCUGUGUGCUUUAUGUUAGCAUCUGUGGUGCACAUCCAUUCUCAAGGUCUGCUCUCUGCAGAAACAAAUGGCAUUGGCAACAAGGCAACAAGGAGAUGGGACACAAAAAUGGAUCCCACAUCGACUACCAUUAUAGAAGAUCGAGAAGGAGAGGUGCCCUUUUUCACCACUGCACCAACAAUGACAUUACUGAACCAUCAUCCACUUUUGGAAGGGAUUCUUCAUGAGACUAUAAUGAAAAAAGACUUCCGAUAUCUACCCCCCUUUUUUACCAGAACCAUCCCAGAGGAUAACAGUGACUUGAGAAAGACAAUGUCCACAACAAAAAAUUCAGAUACGUUGGUUAACCUGGCACACCCUGAUCAUGUUCCUACAUUUCAUGGUGAUGCCUCCACACCGACAAUGUCAUUAACGCCAUCCACGAUUAUCAUGGGUACCACAUCUGUGGUCACUGAAAAGGGAAAAGAAAUGAGUGACCCACAAGAUACUGGAACGUCAGCCCCUAUCCCAGACUCUCUCAGCUCCUCUGUCUCUCAUGGUGUGCAACAGACAGAAAGCAGUAAAGCCUUUUCUGAUUCCCACCGAACACUGAGCCAUGAUGAAACCUCCUCAGUCCACGACACAACUGUAGCUCAUUCAAGUUCUUCACAGUAUAGGGAAAAUGAAAUUACUUUGGCUACUUCUGUUCUGCGUGGGAGCACAACCAGCAUCCCAUUAGACCAAAACAGAUCAGAUACAAAAACGAUAACUGACCCCAAUACGCCCUUAUCGGUGACACCUUAUGAGGAGGAAGAGGAAACUACAACCAGCACCAUCAUCACUACUACUGUGACUAUGACAGAGUUAGCACCAGAACCUUGCAACAAGAACUUUACAGUUCCUGAAGGCACCAUCCUUUCACCAUCUCACAGAGGUUCUCUAUAUAACUCUGGCUUGGACUGCAGUUACAUUAUCCAUGUAUAUUCUGGGUAUGGAGUAGAAAUUAAGGUGCAAAAUAUCAGUUUGUCAGAAGGCGAGAUGGUAACCGUGGAGAACCUGGAAGGGGUGGAGCCUGUGAUUCUGGCUAACGAAUCAUUCCUUAUGAGAGGUCAGGUGAUUCGCAGCCCAACAAACCAAGUCAUGAUCCACUACCAGAGUUUGCAUCAAACCAACCCAGGCAGCUUUCGGUUCCAUUUUCAAGCUUACCUGCUCAGCUGUGGGUUCCCUCAAAGACCAGUAUAUGGGGAUGUGUCGGUAACCAGCCUGCAUCCAGGAGGAGAGGCAUAUUUUUACUGCAAUACAGGCUACAAGCUUCGUGGUGCCCAUGUACUAACAUGUCUCAAUGCAACAAGGCCAUUCUGGAACAACAGAGCUCCACAAUGUGAACCUGCCUGUGGAGGACUCAUCAGAAACAUUACUACUGGACGACUUGUCUCACCCAACUUCCCCGGAAAUUACAGCAAUAACCUGACUUGUCACUGGGUGUUGGAGGCUUCCCCUCUACAGCGUCUCCACCUCCACUUUGAGAAAGUUUCCCUGGCAGAGGAUGAUGACAGGCUUAUCAUCCGUGAUGGAAAUAACAUUGAUUCUCCACCGAUCUACGACUCAUAUGAAGUGGAAUAUCUUCCUAUUGAGGGCCUGCUCAGCAGUGGGCGACAUUUUUUUAUUGAGUUUACUACAGACAGUAGUGGGGGUUCUACUGGAGUAGCCCUUCGAUAUCAAGCUUAUGAACAAGGACAUUGUUUUGAGCCCUUUGUGAAGUAUGGAAACUUCACAAGCAGUGACCUUUCCUUUGCUGUGGGGACGGUCGUGGAGUUCACAUGUGAUGCUGGAUACACUUUAGAACAAGGUUCUACUAUCAUUGAGUGUCAAGAUUCUGCAGACCCCCAGUGGAAUGAGACAGAGCCAGCAUGCCGAGCUGUUUGUAGUGGGGAAAUCACAGACUCAGCAGGAGUUGUGCUGUCACCCAACUGGCCUGAAGCUUAUGGAAAAGGACAGGACUGCAUUUGGGGGAUUCAUGUUGAAGAAGAAAAGAGAAUCUUACUUGAUAUACAAGUCCUGAACAUUGGCAAGAGCGAUGUUCUGACUUUCUAUGAUGGUGAUGAUUUGACAGCUCGUGUCUUGGGUCGGUACACAGGAACACACAGUCAUUUCAAACUCUAUACAUCCAUGGCAGAUGUCAUCAUACAGUUCCAAACAGACCCUGGCAGCAGCGUCUUUGGCUACCAACAAGGCUUCAUCAUCCACUUUUUUGAGGUCCCAAGAAAUGACACAUGUCCUGAGCUACCCGAAAUCCCCAAUGGCUGGAAAACCACAUCACAAUCUGAGCUUGUUCAUGGGACUGUGGUGACUUACCAGUGCUAUCCCGGAUAUGAAAUUACAGGCACAGAGCUCCUCAUGUGUCAGUGGGAUCUAACAUGGAGUGGAGACCUGCCUGCCUGUGAAAGGGUGACUACAUGUACAGACCCCGGUGACGCGACUCACAGUCGGAGGAUCCUCUCUAACUCGAAAUUCUUGGUGGGCAGCACGGUGCGCUAUGUCUGUGACAAGGGAUACAUACUCACAGGGAGCAGCACAAUCACCUGCUACGACCGCCAGGCCGGAGUACCGAAAUGGAGCGACCGUGCACCUAAGUGUGUCCCAGAGAAAUAUGAACCAUGUGUCAACCCAGGGAUACCAGAAAAUGGGCACCAGGAACCGGAGAAAAGAAUGUACCAGCCCGGGGAGGCUCUACGGUUUUCAUGCGUGACCGGAUAUAUGUUAAUGGGGGAGCACAGCAUAAAAUGUAUACCAGGACAUCCAUCACAAUGGAGUAGUGCAUCACCCACCUGCAAAGCCUCAUAUAAAGAAUUUUAUAGUGAUCAGAGUGUUGAAGCUGUGGAAAAGGCGGCUGCUUCAAGCAUCCCUCUAGAGGGUACUCACAUCUUGCUGGCUGUCUUUGUUCCUGUUAUUAUGGUGGCUCUCGUUAUCACAGCUAUUUACCUAUAUUUCUCCAAACUUCAAGGAAAAUCAUCCCUCCGUCUUCCUCUUUCAUCCUCGCUCCCUUAUGAUCAAGUCACUGUUGAAUCAGCAUUUGACAACCCCACAUUUGAAACGGGGGUAAGUGACCAAGACACACGAGAGUAUGAAGUGUCCAUUUAGCUGGAUGGUACAGCUUGAAAGUCGGCUUCAGCCUUGGUAGGAGACAACUGGGAAGGACCCGCUUCGUCUCAUUCCAAGGUGUGAGAAAGAAGAUCAUCAACUUCUGACACAUUUUGCUUCUUCAGGUGGCUGAUCUGAACAUAUUACCCCAGGAAGGCCACAGACACUUUUCAGUGCUGGCAGAACAUUCACUUGCACUGGAGCUUACUGACUUGACAUGAAAUCCCCAUCUCUUGUCCAGUACCUGCUGCUGUUCUUUUAUUCUUUGUCAUAUGGUCUAAUUCUGUGCAAAACCUGGAUUCUUCUUGUAUAUUCCAAAAAGAGACUGAUCCUAUUUCCUAAGAAGUAUAGAGACUUAUGGGGCACAUGUUAAAGGGAUUAAUGAGAUAUAACUAUGGUAAAUUAACAAAUAGAAUAAUAGUGUAACACUGCAGCAGACAUCAUGCAGAAAGUAUGGGUAAGUAUAAGGAAGUUAAGCUUAAUAGCGCAUUGGGAUCAUUAUUAAACUAAUACCUUGAGAUUAUGACAUAUUAAAAAGAAACUUUCAUUGUGUGUUAGUGAUACUGAUGCACAUUCAUGCAUCCCUAGAGGUGUAUUUCUUAUGGUUAACAUGUAGCUAUGAAUUUAUAUCUUUGUUUAUACCCUGUGCAGAUGGUGCAUUCAUAUAAACCAUAGGCGGCUAGCCAUGCAUUAAAGUAUUGUUGGCCUACGCCUCCCAUUAUCUUCCUCCAGAGUUGAAUUCUAAAAACAGUCUUGUAGCUGCAGACUGGCCAUCAGAACCUCUGAUUAGCACAUUUUACUAUAUUAAUUAUGAAACUGGUACAUAGACUGAGUGGAAUAACAUCCUUCAAAUUCACCAACCCUGUAAGUGUCCCCUGAUUUAGCCUCAAUUAAUGGAUCAUGAGUUUAUGGAAGUUGGAAUCCUGUGUUUGUUGAGUGGACCUCUUAUUUAUUUUAUUCAUACCUGAGUGCUUAUUAUUUAAUCCUUACUAUAUAUACCCAAACCUUAUUGGAGACAGCGCAUGUUUUACUUAAUAGCCAAAGUAAGGAUGUAUUGUGGGGCAAUUCAUAGUUCUUAGGAACCUGAGUGGUCAUAGUUGACUACAUUUUGAAAUGUACAAAAUAAAAUGUACACUAAAUCAAUCCCCAUCCAGAUGAAACUCACAUUCAUCAUUACUCUUUGUCUUGCCCAUAGUAUUAGACAGGUACUGAUCAA